CCGGGCUGACUGGAGCCUGCAUCGGCCAAUCGGCAGCCUCCAUCUCACGUCUGUCAUCAACCAGUGCUGGGGAAGGGAUUGGCUCGUGCAAUCUCAGCUUGGAAGGCAGAUGAAAUGCCAGGUCUGCUCAGCCUCUGGGGAUAGCCAAGCUUGCCUUAUAAUGGGUAACAACACUUGUUUGACCUGGGAGCAGUAACAUCUAAUUCAGCAUUAGGAGAAGACUGGACUCCAGCUUUUUUCCCUUUUCUUUUAUAAAUCUGUUGUUCUUCUGUGAUCUGGGUUCUUUUUCAUCUACCUUCAUGUGGAGGAAGAGACUGCUGGUGCUCUCUGUCACUCCCCUAUCCUCAUCAUCCAUCCUCUCCAGAACAGGUUGAUCUUGAGCCGUUUCGAACUAUUUUUGCACUGAAGAGCUCAUUUUUGGGAACCUCACUCCUCCAUGUACGAUAACUUGUACCUUCAUGGAUUUGAAGACUCGGAGGCGGGCUCAGCUGAUUCCUACACAAGCCGACCAUCUGAUUCAGAUGUGUCCCUGGAGGAGGAGAAGGAGGGCGGCCGGCAGGAGAGGGAGCAGCAGGCCACUGUUCAGCUUGAGAGAGCAAAGACUAAAGCAGUUGCGUUUGCAGUGAAGACCAAUGUCAGUUACUGUGGUGCGCUGGAUGAGGAUGUUCCCGUGGCUGGCACGGCUGUAUCUUUUGAUGCCAAGGACUUCCUCCACAUCAAAGAGAAAUACAACAACGACUGGUGGAUUGGACGCCUGGUGAAAGAAGGCUGUGACAUUGGGUUCAUUCCCAGCCCGCUGAAGCUGGAGAACAUCCGCCUUCAACAGGAACAGAAGAGAGGACGCUUCCCUGGCAGUAAAUCCAGUGGGAAUUCCUCCUCCAGUCUGGGAGAGAUGGUGUCAGGAACGUUCAAACCGAACCCAAACUCUGCAGGUUGGAAACAAAUGCUAAAAAUAUUAGAGCUUGACUUUAUCUCUGUGUUUCUGGACCUCCAGGCUGAGCAUGUUCCGCCGUAUGACGUGGUUCCCUCCAUGAGGCCAGUUGUCCUGGUGGGACCCUCCCUGAAAGGUUAUGAGGUCACCGACAUGAUGCAGAAAGCGCUGUUUGACUUCCUUAAGCACAGGUUCGAUGGGAGGAUAUCCAUCACGAGGGUAACAGCUGACAUAUCGUUGGCCAAGAGGUCAGUACUAAACAACCCCAGUAAGAGGGCCAUCAUUGAGAGAUCCAACACCCGCUCCAGCCUUGCUGAGGUCCAGAGUGAAAUAGAGAGGAUCUUUGAGCUGGCCAGGUCUUUACAGCUGGUGGUUUUGGAUGCUGACACCAUUAACCACCCAGCGCAGCUCAUCAAGACUUCAUUAGCACCCAUUAUCGUCCAUGUUAAGGUGUCCUCGCCUAAGGUCUUGCAGAGGCUGAUCAAAUCAAGAGGGAAGUCUCAAAGCAAACAUUUGAAUGUGCAGCUUGUUGCAGCAGAGAAACUAGCACAGUGUCCUUCUGAGAUGUUUGAUAUUAUUUUGGAUGAGAACCAGCUUGAAGAUGCUUGUGAACACCUGGCUGAGUACCUGGAGGCGUACUGGCGUGCGACGCACACUUCGCUUUCCAUGCCGCUCAACCCCCUCCUGGGACGCAAUCUGGGCUCCACUGCUCUCUCCCCGUAUCCUGCUGCCAUUCAGGCCCAAAGAAACCGGAACAGCAACCACACGACGACAGACCAUUCGCCCGUUGAACGUCGCAGUCUAGUGCCUGCCGAUGAGAACUGCCAUAACGAGCGGGCACGGAAGAAUCGCAACCGUCUCUCCUCAGGCUCACAGCACAGCAGGGACCACUCUCCUCUGGUGGAGGAGGACUACCAGGACCCCUACCAGGACUCUUAUAAGCCCCACCGUAACCGAGGAUCCCCGGGAGGCUACAGCCAGGACUCCAGGCACCGGCUCUGAGCUGCUGUUAACAAAGUAUAGGCCUGUGUCUCUUUAAGCGACCACCGUGAACACAAGGGGAAAGUUUGCUAUUACAUGAUAAAUCUCUUACAUUCACGAGGACUGAAACCACCUUUUAUUUUGUGUAGUACCUCAUAUCUACUUUGGCCUUGGCUCCUGACAAAUGAGCAUUUGAACCCAAAAAUAAGAAUCCUGCUCUUGCUUUGAUGUGAACAAGGUACUGGAUAUGAAAGUAGCACAAGAUCAGUAAAGUUAUAUUUAAGAGGGAAAGUUGGGCAUUUUUUUGAAUAUGUCACCAUGUGAGGUAUGACAUGUGAGUGAAGUAAACUAGGCCCUUCUGGACCAUUCCCGCUGUCUCAGCUGUUACUGUAGCAUGCAGGUAGGACUGUAAUUACAGGGACCAUCUGACUCAGGCCAGUGCCAGACAGCAUCCAGCGGUGAUGAUCAGCGCAGAACUUGUUUGCACAGGUCCAGGAGAUGGUAGAAGGAGAGUUUAAUGCAUCUUUAAUGUGCCGCUGUCCUUGAUGUGUGUGAUAAGUCCUGUAAAGCUUGCUCCCGAAUCCUGAGUUUUACAACUGUUGUUUUAAAGUGACAUGAAUGGCUAAUUCAGGGUUCAUGCAGUAGCUUCCUGUUCCCUUUCUUUUUAAACGCUGUUUUUGUCAUAAAUCAUAUGACAGAAAAGGAGAAAAAUCAUGCAGAUACUAAUACAUUUCAAAGCUCCACAACCUCAGGAAUGAGAGGUCAAUUAGACCUAGAAGUGUAGCGUUUAUGUUCUCACCCCUGAUGGGAGUGUGAUUCUGAGAGUUAUGUUAUUUUUGUGAUUUUAUGGUUUUGUUUCUUGGAAAAAAAAAGCUGUUUUUCCAGCACAGAAGUCUUUAAAAUGGUCACAACAGCGCAUUUCUCACAUGCCAUGCGUCAAUCAACUGCUGUUGUUGGUCAUGGGUUUCGUAGGACAUGGAUUAAGCAUGACUUUGGGUUUUUGUGAGUGAUUUAUAUUGAGGGCUUCCAUAUAUAAUACACUGAAAAAUAAUCAAAGGAAAGAAAUUUUAAUUUGUGUGAAGUUCAAUUGCCAGAACAAUAAAUUACAUUCCAUUUAUGUCAUUUUAUAUAAGAGCCUUGCUUACACCCUCCAACCAUCAGAGAAAAAAUAUAUUAGUAAAAGGUUUUAUAAAGUAAAGUAACACUAAACACUUUCCUUAAGUAGCAAUUUAACAUGCACCUCUUCUAUAUUGUCAUUUACAGCUUUUCUGUGUAUUCUCCUUGAGUUUUAUUAAAGACUACUGAUAAGUAAGAAGCUGUCUAAAAGCACUUGGGCAGGACUGCACUGCCUUUGUUAAUAGUGUCAUUUACAUGCUACUUUUAUGGAAAUGUUGAGCAGCCAGUUCUCCCCCAUCUUUCAAUUUAUAUGUACGCUACCAGCUAAUAUGGGAUUGAAUAGCAUUACCUUUUACAUGACAUAUCCUUGUAUAUUGUAUUUUAAUAUUUAGAUAUUGAAAAGUUCUGUUUUAUUUCAGGUCAUAGACCAGAGAUCUCAUUGUGCUGUGAUUCUGGAGAGGGAAGUCUGACGAGCAGGCUUCCGUUCUUAUUUUCUUUACACAGUAGCUUUUAUUGUUGUAGUUUCAAAACAGUGGAGCAUAAGCAGUGAUUUAAAAGAUUUGAAUACUGCCUGUGAGAGAAUGAUGCAUUGAUUAGAAUUUGUGUGCACUGUCAUUUUACAACUGUAAUGAAAUAAACUGCUGUUAUGCUGUUGUAUGG